AGGCGCGGACUGAGGAGGUGUACGAGAUUGCACGACGGGUGCACGCAGGCCUCUGAGAGAGGGCUGAUUGGUCUGACCACUAUGUAGGUUAGCUCCCUCCCGUUCGCUAAUGGGACCUUCGAAAGAAGUAGGAGAGCAAAUACAGAACGGUCCAGGCCCAAAAAUUAGUGCCAAGGUGGUGGCUCCCAGGAGUUCAGAAGAGGGAAAGAAUUAUGUAUUUUUGAGGUGUGUGGGGAGAGUUGGCAUGCCAUAAAAGGCUCUUUAACCAACCGCCCCAGUUCUCAAGGCUGGGGCACCUGAUGUCC